GGCGCGAGGCUUGACGGGAUCUGGCGGGUUCUGGGAGACGCUCCAUCCUUGGUAUCUGUGCACCGGCGCCAGUCUGAGCUGGUAUUCACCUUGAUUGUGGGGUCGGUGUUCAGCCCCGCCUGGUUUGGGAGCGCACUGAGUACGGUGCGGCCGAGGGCCAACGGACCUGAGCUCCAGCACCGCGCUCAUCCCCCCCAAAGGACGUGUAGAGGAAAGAACGCCUUCUCGAGAUCGAGGAGCCGGCGAUCAUGAGCGAAUGGACCAAGAAGGGGCCCCUCGAAUGGCAGGAGUACACCUACAAAGAGGUCCGAGUGACCGCCUGUGAGAAGGAGUUCCGAGGGUGGGUGCUGACCACGGACCCGGUCUCCGCCAAUAUUGUCCUGGUGAACUUUCUGGAUGAUGGCAGCCUGUCCGUGACGGGAAUUAUGGGACAAACCGUGCAGAGCGUGGAAACGCUGGGUGAAGGGGAUUGGAGGACUCGAGAGAGGCUGACGCACUUGUUCUCAUCUGGACACUGCGAGGGAUACAGCCUUGAGGAUUUGGAAGAGAGGAAGAACAGCUUGAAGAAGUGGCUCGAGAAGAACCACAUCCCCGUCUCUGAGCUGGGAGACUCCCCGAGGACUCUGUGUGUGGCCGGGGUCCUGACCAUAGACCCUCCUUAUAGCCCAGAGAACUGCAGCAGUGCCAAUGAGAUCAUCCUGUCACGUGUCCAGGAGCUCAUUCAGGGACAACUUCCAGCCUCUCAGAGCGAGGCCAGGAACUGAGUACACACUGGGGAAAAUACAUUGUUCUUUCUCUUCCAUAA